AUGGUUGACAGAAAUGACAACGUUUCAAAAAACAAGGAUUCUUCUUCUCUUCAAUUCAAACAUACAGCAACUAUCAAUUUGAUAGGGAAAUCCAGCUAUAUAUUUUCUCCGAGUCUUUUCUUAAGCUGUAAAGUUUACCAAAGAGAAGGAUUUUUGAUUUUUGUACAAAACGGAAGUAUUGAUAACGAAGGUGAAAUCAGAGGAAGCCUAGUAAGUGCUUUUUAUGUUGUUGCUUUAUAA